AUGUCUUGUGUUGGUUUGGUCUUCGAAAGAUUAAAGAAAGGAAAGAACGAACAUGCAAUUCAUUUCGUGCUUGUGACAAGUUGUAAAGUCACAUUAAUGAUAGCACAAAAAGGAAAGAAAAUUGAAGAGAAAACUUUUUUUUGCUUGGUCUGCGGCAAUCCCAAGAAAAGAAUCCCAAAAAGUUGA